AUGCACGAUAAAGUCGAUACACGUGGUUAUAGUUCUAUACCACCAAUGUUAUUUUAUGGCGUAUCUAAAGCGGCUCUCACUCGAAUCGAAGCAGGUCAGUGGUCAGCGAUGAAAAAUGUUUUAGUAGUUGCUAUGUGUCCCAGUUAUUGUGCUACUGAUCUUAAUAAUCAUGAAUCUGAAGCUCGUCCUGCCAAAUUCGGUGCUGAUUCUAUUCUUUAUGUAGUCAACAUUUCGCAAAAUGAAAUUGAAAGUGGUAUUUUUUUAUCAAGAUGGAGAAAGAAGUCGUAA